AUGGCAGAUGCGAAACCGAUGUCUAUUCCAGCAGAUCCGAGCGUGAGGUUGGGCAAGUCCAUGGGUCCCAAUGGUCCGGAAGAAGAAGCUGAAAUGAAGAAGGUGCCAUUCAAAGAAGCGGUGGGAUCUUUGUCGUUCGCACCUCAAGUAACUCGUCCAGAUAUUUCCUUUGCGGUCAAUGCAGUGAGUCAAUUUGGUUCGAAUCCAGGACGACAGCACUGGGAAGCAGUCAAGAAAAUCAUCCGCUACCUGAAGGGUACUACAACGAAUAAGCUGGAGUACAGCAAGCGUGGAUCAUCUGAGCUGGUCGGUUUUAGCGAUGCCGAUUGGGGAGGAGAUCCGGACAACCGAAGGUCGACGACUGGCUACGUGUUCACGAUGCAGGGAGGAGCCGUUUCGUGGAACGUCAAGAAGCAGCUGACUGUCGCCCUGUCAUCUUGUGAGGCGGAGUACAUGAUUUUCGAGGAGGAACCAGUACUGAUUUAUUGCGACAACCAGGGAGCAAUCAACAUCGCUGGAAACGGAGCGUACAACCCCCGAACGAAGCACGUGAGCAUUCGUUACCACUUUGUGCAUGAGAGUCUGAAGGAAGGAGCGGUGAAGGUGAAGUACAUCCCGACGACGGAUCAACCGGCUGAUGGGUUCACAAAGCUUCUAGCUAUCCAGAAGCAGCAGCGAUUUUGUGGACUUGUAGGCGUCACAAAUUAG